AUGUUCAGUAAAUUCGCUCUCACUGGCAGCCUUUUGGCUGGAGCGGUCAACGCUCAGGGCGUGGGCACCCAGCAGACGGAGACUCAUCCUCAGAUGACCUGGCAGUCGUGUACUUCUCCGUCCAGCUGCACGACCAACCAGGGAGAGGUUGUCAUCGAUUCCAACUGGCGUUGGGUCCACGAUAAGGAUGGCUACGUUAACUGCUACACUGGCAACACAUGGAAUACUACUCUCUGCCCGGAUGACAAGACCUGUGCGGCGAACUGUGUUCUCGAUGGCGCUGACUACUCGAGCACCUACGGCAUUACGACGAGCGGGAACGCCCUCUCUCUCCAGUUCGUCACCCAAAGCUCUGGCAAGAACAUUGGAAGUCGCACAUACUUGAUGGAAUCGUCGACCAAGUACCACUUGUUCGAUCUGAUCGGCAACGAGUUCGCCUUCGACGUCGAUCUGAGCAAGUUGCCGUGCGGCCUCAACGGAGCUCUGUACUUCGUCACCAUGGAUGCUGAUGGCGGCAUGGCCAAGUACUCAACCAACACCGCCGGCGCCGAGUACGGAACUGGCUACUGCGACAGCCAGUGCCCUCGCGAUCUGAAGUUCAUCAACGGUCAGGGAAAUGUCGAGGGCUGGACACCCUCCACCAACGACGCCAACGCCGGCGUCGGCGGCCUGGGCUCCUGCUGCUCGGAGAUGGACGUCUGGGAGGCCAACUCGAUGGACAUGGCCUACACGCCGCACCCAUGUGAGACGGCAGCACAGCACUCGUGCAACGCAGAUGAGUGCGGCGGAACCUACUCUUCUUCCCGCUACGCCGGCGACUGCGACCCGGACGGGUGCGACUGGAACCCCUUCCGCAUGGGUAACAAGGACUUCUACGGCAGCGGCGACACAGUCGACACGAGCCAGAAGUUCACCGUCGUCACGCAAUUCCAUGGGUCCGGCAGCAGCCUCACCGAGAUCUCGCAGUACUAUAUCCAGGGCGGCACCAAGAUCCAGCAGCCCAACUCGACCUGGCCCACGCUCACGGGCUACAACAGCAUCACUGACGACUUUUGCAAGGCGCAAAAGGUCGAGUUUAACGACACUGAUGUCUUUAGCGAGAAGGGCGGCCUUGCUCAGAUGGGUGCGGGUAUGGCUGAUGGCAUGGUGCUGGUCAUGUCCCUGUGGGAUGAUCACUACGCCAACAUGCUCUGGCUCGACUCGACCUACCCGGUCGAUGCUGAUGCAUCUUCUCCCGGCAAGCAGCGUGGUACCUGCGCUACCACCAGUGGUGUGCCUGCUGAUGUUGAGUCUUCAGACGCGUCUGCUACCGUCAUCUAUUCCAACAUCAAGUUCGGCCCCAUCGGCGCCACUUACUAG